AUGGUGUUGUUGCCUAUAAAGACAAAAUUAAGAGGUCCACCAUCCUUAGCACCCGCUCCCCCAGCAGAGGAUGAUGUCAUUGAUGAAGCAUUAGACCUUUUUAGAGCCAAUUGUUUAUUUCGAAACUUUGAGAUAAAAGGCAGUGCGGAUAGAGUUUUGAUUUAUUUGAUCUUAUUUAUUAGUGAUUGUUUGUCUUGUUUGAGUAAAGCAGGAAAAAAUACAUCACAAAAAGAAGCUGUAAAGAUAUUGAAUAGUCGUGCUUUAGAUCAAUUUGCCCUUCCUGGAGAUCCAACUUUUCCAUUGAAUGCUUUAUAUACUUCACCUGCUCGUCAGGAAUUGGCAAAUCGAUUGGUUGAGAGAGUUUAUGUUGAUGGGAAACAAAGUAAAUGGUGGAUGUGCUUUCAAAAGAAAAAAUUCAUGAAUAAAUCAUUGUAA